AUGGCCCAUCCACGCAGUGAGAAAAGGCAGAGGCGGGAGCCCCUCCGGCUGGGCUCAAGUUCCCAGUGCCUCCCCGGCCUCAGGCCCUCCCCGCCUCCAGCACCCACCAAACGUAAUGCGGCUCCAGCCCGACCCGCGGCUGCCCCUCUCACCGCCGCGCGCGCCCCCCACCGCCACCCUGCCCGGCAUCCCUGCAGCGCACCGCUCCCCGCGCCCCUUCCCGCUUCCCAGCUUGGGCCCGGAGCCGCGCUCGCCCUCCGCGUUCCCUUCCCCUCGCCACCUCCACCCCACCGCACCCCCAGCACCACGAGUAACCUGGAGCCGGACUGCGAGCGCAGCACCCGCGCGGGCUCGGGCUCCAGCCGCAUCCUGGAGCAGGAGGUCCGGACACUGCGCGCCAGUGGCCUCCCUGUGGACAUCAAACCCAGAGAGCUCUACCCGCUUUUCGCGUCGUUCAAGGGGUAUGAAGGGUCCCUGAUCAAGCUCACAUCAAGGCAGCCUGUUGGUUUUGUGAUCUUUGACAGCCGGGCAGGAGCAGAAGCCUCGAAGAAUGCGUUGAAAGGUGUUCGCUUUGAUCCUGAGAACCCUCAGACCCUGAGUCUAGAGUUUGCCAAAGCCAACACCAAGAUGGCCAAGAACAAGCUGAGGGCUACACCAAAUCCCACCAACGCUCACCCCGCCCUAGGAGCACACUUCAGCUUACGGGACCCCUACGAGCUGAUGGGGGUCGCUCUCAUCCCCACAUCCCCAGGGGCCUGGGCCCCCUACCCUCUGUACACCACAGAGCUGACCCCAGCCACCUCACCUGCUGCGCUCACCUACCCCGUUGCCAAGGCUGCCGCUGCCGCUGCCGCCGCCGCCGCCGCCUCCCUACAGGUGCGCUGGUACCCUGUCUCUGACACCACCCAGCAAGGAUGGAAAUCUAGUCAUUUCUGUUAA